AUGCCGGUAAGUACAGAGAGCACGCGACUUCAGAUAUCGUGUUCAACUCACGCUGACCUCCUUCGCCAGAUCGGAGACCUCCUCGCCCAAAUCAAUGGCGAUAAGUCACAGAGCACAUCGCCCGCGCCGACGAGACCGCCUGCUCUCGCCUCCGCGAAGCGUAAGGCCGAUGACGACUUGCGCAACACGGUUUCAAAUAAGACACCGCGAACGAGUACCACAGGACCCAGCUCGUCGUCGGCAUCAAAAACCGCUAGCGCCCCGAGACCCGCCGCACGACCUGCAGACAAGCCAUCCACUAUUACCGGCUACCGAGGCAGCGCUGCUCGACCUUCAGAUAGAACAUCGUCGUCGGCGCCCAGACCUGUCGGAAAUGGCAACUCUGCUCCGAAGCCGUCUUCUUCAAGUGCUCGACCGGUGAACGGGUCGGGGGCCCCGAAAGCCACCUCCACCCUCCCCAGUCGACCAUCGCCUGCUGCCCCAGCCCCUGCCAAGGGUGGACCGGCACCGAAGAAGGGCUCUUUCGCCGAAAUUCUUGCGCGUGCAAAGAAGGCGCAGGAGUCCAUGGGGCAGGUCGGCAGGAUUCAACACAAACCUGUCGAGAAGGUUCUUACGAAGAAGGAACGCGAGGAGAUGGCGAAGGAGGCCAAGAAGGAUGCAAAGGCUACCGCGAUGAAGGGAGCCGCGGCGAGACAACCGUCAAAGUUCCAAGGUACAGCGCGACCAUCUGCUGCUGGUGCUCCGUCACGCAACGGAGCUGGCUCAUCAAAUGGCGCGUCCAGAAAUGGCGUACCUGACCGAUCAAAAGAUCCCAAGGCCGCCGCAAAGGCACGCGCCGCAGAGGAGGAGCAGGCGAAGAGGUUCAAGAAGGCCGCCACCGCAACCACAGGAUACUCCGGUACCGCCCGCCCAAGACCAGGAGCAGCUUCGGCCAAGAAGAAGCCGGCUCCCGGCGGCGCCCUCCUUAACGCCCGGCCCGCACCACGCUACGGCGGCUCCAACAAACGCUCUCGCUACGAGGAAGAGGAGGACGAGGAACUCGACGACUUCAUCGAAUAUGACGACGAAGAAGACGAUGCCGGCGGUCCUCGCUACACCUACGACUCGGACGGCUCCUCCGACAUGGAGGCCGGAAUGGACGACGUGUGGGAGGAGGAGCAGAUGGCCGAGCGGGUGGCCCGCAGGGAGGAUCAGGAGGAGGAGAAGCUUGAGAAGCGUCUCAAGGCCGAGAAGGAGGAGCGCAAGCGCAAGUUCUAUGAGCAGCAGCGGGGACGGCGUUAG